CUCAGGGCUGGUACGCGAGACCUGACCGUUACGGUGACGAGAAAGAGCAGAUAUUACUUAAUAGACGGGAAUCGGACUAUUGGUGGGAAGUUUCUAAGGCUAGGGAGAAACAAGAACUCAAGUUCAAAAUAUCUGAAUUUUUCCACCCUGGAAGAAAAAUACGUGAAUGAAAGUUGUAAUGGGAAAAAUUUGUCCCUAUCAUUAUCUUCAUCAUUUACUAAUACACAAAAAGAUGUAUUUCUUGAUCUUUCUUCACAAAUAACGUGCAGCAGAAACAUAAGUUUGAUGACUCCAAAUUCAAGGUUAUCUGUUCAAAUGUCAAACACUGAUGCUGCUAGUCAGUCACCUUGCAGUUAUAAUUCAUGUGACUUGAACAUUUCUCAACAAUGUCCUGCUGCAUCAUACCCAUUUUCUCUAUCAAUUUGGGAUCAAACCAAGAAUAAGGAACAAUUAAUUGGGAAGAAAUAUUUUUCAGCUGAUAACAUUAACAAAAGAGAACAAAUUAAAGAUUAUGAGUUAUCUUUGUCAUAUGAUAAAACUACUUGUAAUUCUAAAAAUACAUUGAAUGUCGAGGCACAUUCAGAACAAUUUACUGCAGUAUGUUCUAAAAAAAUAUGUACUACAAUUUUUCCAAAUCCAAAGGAUAACAUAACUGAUUCUUGUGGCAUGAUGAACACCAAAGUACAAGUUUUUGAUUUCUUAACAAAAAAUAAUUUUAAAAGCAAUAAUUUAAGGAACAAGAAAAUAAAUUUUGUUGAUGUUCACUUAAGCAUAUUUUGCAAUAUUAGUCAAAUUACAUUUUAA